AUGGAUUACCCUCGUUAUGCCUUCAACUACGCAAUAAACGAUCCAUUCACUAGCGACAAUAAAGCACAAUGGGAGGCAAGAAAUGGCGAUGUCGUUAAAGGGGCUUAUUCAUUACGUGAACCCGAUGGCAGCAUCCGUGUUGUGGAAUACUCCGCGAAUGAUAUAAGCGGAUUUAAUGCGAUCGUAAAGAAUAUUGGCGUCAGCGCACAUCCGGCUACGGUGAAGGCCCUGCUUACAAAAACAUCGGAAGGUGUAGUCCCUAUUAUACCUUUAGCACCCAUUGACAUAGGACCUGUGGCCCACUUAGCUCCCGUCAAGGUAAGGCCAGUUGAUCCAAAAUUGAAUUACGGUUUCGGUGCCGCUCCAUUAGCAAUAGGACUCCCCAAAGUGACCUCUUUGGGACACUGGAGCCUACCAUGGGAUCCUGUUACUAGGUCGUACGGCGGCUGGGUGCCUCUUAAUGGUCCCGCACACCGUGGCCCUUACGCAACAGUGUACAGCAACCAUUAUAUAAACGGAAAGCUACACCAGUGGUACACCGGGCCGAUUGAGUUAAAAGGCAAAAAGAUAGUCAUCAAAACGAAACCUUAA